AUGUCGGACCACGCACGCAGAUCGAAAGAGAUGGGCUCCGAAGCCGAAGAAGAGAAACACCAUGAGCCGGAACUAACUCUGCGAUCCGGCCUCGCUCUCGCUGGCGCCGCGCUGGCCUACUUCGUUACAGUCGGCUUUCUGAAUGCCUUUGGUGUGUUUCAAGAGUACUAUACCACGGUGGUGCUGCGAGACCAGUCCAACUUCGAGAUAGCCUGGCUCGGUUCCUUUGGCACGUUUGCGGUGUUCUUUUUCGCUCCAUUUGCGGGCCUGUCGGCUGAUAAAUGGGGUCCGACGAUACCGAUGGUUGUCGGGGCGGUGUUGCAGCUGGUAGCGAUCUUCAUGAUUUCGCUGUGUGAGGAGUACUAUCAAUUCUUUCUUGCCCAAGGUCUGCUCCUCGGCGCCGGUAUGUCCUUCAUCGCCAUUCCAGCAUCAGGAAUGUGUCCACGGUACUUCAAGCGAAACCGCGGCGUCGCACUCGGCAUCUCAGUCUCCGGCUCGUCGAUUGGCGGAGUUCUGUGGCCUGUCGCAUGCGACCAGCUCCUCCACGAAGACGGAGUGAGCUUCGCCUGGACGAUGCGCAUCAUUGGCUUCAUCAUGAUACCGCUCCUCGCGGUUGUACUGAUCACCGUUCGACCGCCGCUGGUGGCCAAGGCGGCCGACGGACAGGAGAAGCCGAAGCCAGAUCGCAAAGAGCUGCGGAAAGAGAUUGUCAAGCCGCCGUUCCUGUUGCUGUGCGCUGGCUUGUUUCUGGCUUACCUAGGCUUCUUCACACCGUUCUUCUACGUCUCUGUGUACGCCACGUCGCAUGGAAUGUCGCAGAAGCUUUCGUUUUACCUCGUGUCGGCUAUCAAUGGCGCUUCAACCCUUGGACGGAUUAUCCCUGGAUUCCUGGCUGACAAGUACGGCCGCUUCAACAUGCUGUUUCUGUCGGCCUUUACGGGAGGCAUCGUCGCCUUUUGCUGGACCGCAGCGACUAGCGAGGCUGGUCUGAUCGUAUGGUCUUUAGCUUAUGGUUUUGCAUCGGGGGCUAUCCUGAGUCUCCAGGCUGCCUGCGGCACAACUCUAGUCAGCGAGCACGCUGCCGGAGCGGCAAUUGGAGCUGCCAUGGGCAGCGUGUCACUGAGCGGGCUGUUCGGCCCUCCCAUCAGCGGCGAGCUGGUCAAGCAUGGCUACAUCGCGCUCGCUGCUUGGUGCGGCUCCUCGCUCAUGGCAGGGGGAGUGCUGAUAGGCUGUUCCCGCUUGUGGCAGGACCGUCGUCUGACUGCUCGAAUCUGA